ACUUGAUUCGCAGUGGAGACGAAACUCGCCCUCUUCCGACUGCGCGGCAUUGCUGAAUAUUCAGUUAGACUUGAUUCAGGACUGACACCCAUGCACGGUUGCGAUUUUGGAAAGGUUUAUUUUAAAAUACCGGAGUUGGGAGGCGGUGCAGUGGGAGGGAUUUUGGGAGAAUCGAGGCGGUACCCUGUAAAUUGAAAGCUCCAAGCGUAUGACUAGUCUCCAACUCUCUCCCUCCCACCCGUUCCCCUUGCAGUGGCUGUGUGCGUGGGUUAGUGUGGGUGCAGUAAGCGAGCUCAUCAUAAAAGCUGCAAUUUUCGCUUACAGACAUCUCCGCGUAUUCAUACCACCGCAGUUUUGCGUCAUAUAUUGAAAUCUUUUACUACCGUUAUUUUUGCCUUCAGAUACUUUUUUCACGGAUAACUCUUCUUUCAAUCGGGAAAUCUUGUUUAUGGUUUUGCCUGGAGCUUCCAAGAUGUCUCGUACCGACGAGGUCCAUCGCAUAACGGAGAAUGUCUACAAGUCCAUCAUGGAGCAGUUCAACCCCUGCCUGCGCAACUUUAUCACCAUGGGGAAGAGCUAUGAGAAGGCCCUCUCCAGUGUGACGUUCGCAGCGAAGGGCUACUUCGACGCGCUGGUGCGGAUGGGCGAGCUGGCCAGUGAGAGUCAAGGCGCAAAGGAUCUUGAAGAAGCAGCAUGGGAUGUCCUGUUUCAGAUGGCUGAAGUCCACAGGCAGAUCCAGGUGCAGCUGGAAGAUAUGCUCAAGUCGUUCCACAAUGAGCUGCUGACGGAGCUGGAGAAGAAAGUUGAGCUGGACGCCCGCUACCUGACGGCGGCGCUGAAGAAGUACCAGAUGGAGCACAAGAGCAAAGGGGAGAGUCUGGAGAAGUGCCAGGCCGAGCUGAAGAAGCUGAGGCGCAAGAGCCAGGGCAGCAAGAACCCCUCGAAGUACGGGGAGAAGGAGAUGCAGUUUGUGGAGACAAUCAGCGGCAAGCAAAACGAUCUGGACACCUUCAUCGCCGAAGGCUACAAGACAGCACUGUCGGAGGAGAGGAGGAGGUACUGCUUCCUUGUGGACCGGCAGUGCGCCGUGGCGAAGAACAGCAGCGCCUACCAUGGCAAGGGUAAGGACCUGCUCACCCAGAAGAUCCCGGUGUGGCAGCAGGCCUGCUCGGACCCCUCCAAGCUGCCCGAGCGCGCCAUGCUCCUGGCCCAGCAGAUGACGGCGGGCGCCGGCACCCUGGUCUCCAGCCCCCUGCGCACCUCCAAGGGCAACCUGACCAUCUCCGACCCCAUCCCCGGGGCCCAGCCCCUGCCCGUGCCCCCCGAGCUGGCCGUCUUCAUGAGCAGCGGCCUGGGCCACCAGGCGAGGCUGAUGGGACCCGACGGCAUGUCCAUGGUCAACGGGACCGCGGGGAUCCACGGGGAGGAGUUCCAGCACUGGGGGGACGGGACCGUGGCCCAGAUCAGACCCUCCUCCCCCCAGGCCCAGUCCCAGGCCCCGCCCCAGAGACAGGUGACUGAAGUCUACUCCAACACCCUGCCCGUCCGCAGACCUGGACCCGCCAAGACCAAGGCCUCGGCCGUGGAGACCCGGACCCUGCCCCGGUCCAGCUCCAUGGCGGCCGGGCUCGAGCGCAACGGUCGAACCCGCGUCCAGGCCAUCUUCUCCCACGCCGCCGGGGACAACAGCACCCUGCUGAGCUUCUCCGAGGGCGACGUCAUCACCCUGCUGGUGCCCGAGGCCCGCGACGGCUGGCACUACGGCGAGAACGAGAAGAACAAGAUGCGUGGCUGGUUCCCCUUCUCUUACACACGUUUGCUGCCAGACAGUGACAGCGAGAAGCUCAAAGUCAAUAGCCUGCACCAUGGGAAGAGCAGCAGCACAGGGAAUCUGCUGGAGAGGGAGGACCUGGUCCUGCACACGCCCGACUACGGCCUGUCCGCGCGCAUGCUGGCACAGAGCCUGGCACAGGGCAGGCCACGCCCCUACAGCAUGGCAGUGCCAGGGUUCCCUCAGCCCGGGACAGAGGAUUAUGACAACCGGUUCCCUAGCAGUUCCGAUGGCAAAUUGAUUUCAACUGUGUGAGAACAGACAGACAGACAGACAGACACAGGCAGCACCGGAGCAUAGGAGCUCUCUUUCUCUCCUUCCCUCCCUCCCUCCCUCCUCCUUCCCCGUCGCUCUCUUUCUUUCCCUCGCUCCUUUCCUCCUUCCCUCUUUUUUGCUCUGAACGUAUGUCCCCUUCUCUCUGUGGAAGAGGCUGCUAUCGUCCCUCCUUUUCUGCAGAAUGUGGGCCGGCCACGGUCCAGUCUCAGCUUUAUGGACUCAAUCUCCUUUAAUGAAAUCACUGGAAUGGACUGCUCUCAACAAACCUGUAACGAUUGCUUGUCUUUCAUGCAUGUACGUGGGUUGUUUUUUUUUUUGUUUUGUUUUAUAUUGACGUUAUUCUGUAAAAAAAAAAAAAAAAAAAGAUUUAAAAAAAAGAAGAGUAAAAAAAAAAACGAUGAAAAGAAAUGGAAAAUGACUGCGUUGAACCUAUGGAGAUUAUCGGUUGAAUGUCAUUUAAUUUUAAUGCAGGCCACUAUCAAAGCCACACUGAUAAAAAAAAAAAAAAAAGAAGAAAAAAUAAGUCUUGACAUACCUGCCAAGUGUAUCACUGUAAAUUCAGUGAGGCCAAGAGACGGUGUGAAAAAACUCAACUCUUUAAAAAAAAAAAAAAAAAAAGUUUUUAAAAGGAAGUAAUUUUUUUAAAAGGAAAAAACUGAAGGAAUUUGUUGAAUUACAGUACUGCACGUCUUUGCUGUAGUUUUUUUCUGUUGGGGAGAGUGGUGUAUUUUUGGCAGUAUUAAACUGUUAUCCUCACUCUCUGAAAUGAGGAAAUGCAGAUAUUUAUAUUUUUCUAAAGUUUGUUGUUUUGUGUUUUUGAUCACACCCAAGUAAACUGAAAAAUGGCCACUCUAGAGUUAUCUUCCGAUGUAAUAACUUCCAUACAGCACUCGUGAAAGGAUUAAAGAUGUUGGCCUGGGUUAAUGAACUUGAUUAAAUAAAGCUUCUGCUCAAGAGAAAAAACAUUUGUGGAGUACCCCACGAAUAGCUGUAAUCAUUUUGCUUUCUUUUUUCUGUGGGAAAUGCUCUGUUACAUUAUGACUACAUGUGGCAUCACCGCUGUUGGUCUGCCCCGAACUGCCUUCUGUUGAUGAUCUUAACAGUGGGUCGUACCACAAAGGAAUCCCACUGUAGGGGUCGAUCAAUGAAUUCUGUUGUUGUACUCACUAAGUUACUGGGAGGGGAAAAAAGAAAAAAAAAGCUAUCCCUUG